GACCCCAACAACUUCUUGUCACUCUUGACACUUUGACAGUUUCGUUUACACAUUUUAUUUUGAAUUUGCUGUUGUGUGCAAUGUUAUCACUUUAUCUAUCAGCUAGGGACUAAAGAUUUUGAGAAGUGCAUUGAAAAUUUCCUUACGGACGCAAACAUAUUCUCAGUCUAUGUGUAAAGAUGGAGAACUCCGAUAGUAAGAAAAACAAAAAACCCCGCAAGGUACCUAAAAAAUCAUUAAGCAAAACAUCAUCAGAACAUAAAGAAAACGUCCCGAAAAAUGAAAAACCUACAGUAAGAAGUGACCCAGACGAUGGCAUUGCUAAAUCUAAACUGUUGUUAAUGAAAAAGAACAAAACCCGUGCAAGAAGGCAAUCUAAACAUGAACGGAUUUGCCCCAAUGAUGCUGAUCCAGAAGAAGAGGAACCAAAAAGGAAGAAAGCUAAAAAGUCAAGGAUUAAAAAUUACUCAAAAUCCACUUUCAAUGCUCUCAGUGACGAAAUUUCUAAGAAAUUGACUGAAAAUGAAUCCAAUUAUAAUGUUAGUGAUUGUAGUUCAGAUAGUAAUAAAACAAUAGAAUAUGAUGCAACACCAUAUACACUAUAUCAACCUGUGAAACCUCGGCCUUUUUCACCACUUCCAAGUACUUCCAAAGACAGGGAAACUUUUAUAAAAAAUGAUGAGUUAUUUAAUGAAAGUUUAAAAGGAAUUGAUGCAAUGGAACACCCAUCCCCACUGAAAGAAAAAGCUACUGAAAAUAACAAUGUAAAAGUAGAGAAGUUAGAGGAAAGUACUCCAGCACAACAGUCUCCUCAAAAUGAAAAUGAAGUAGAAAUUAUUGAUGUACCAUAUGACACUAUUGUAAUUGAUGAAAAUAGUGAUAGUUUGCCACAAAAAAGGAUUAAAAACGAACUUGAAGAAUCAGAUUUAAUUGAAAUAAUUGAGCCAGAUACCAUUGAAGUUCCCAAACCUAAACAAACAUUAAAUAAUUUGACCAAUGAUGAUGAUUGCAUAAUUAUUACAAAUGAAACUGUAAAUGAGGAUUCAAAAGAAACUAUAAUUGUUGAAGAUGAUUACAGCUAUAUCAAUGAACCAUUCACAUUUAAUGAUGACAAACAAUAUGAUGAUGUUAUAGAUGUAGACGAUAUACUAAAUGAAAAUAAAUCUAUACUUAGUAAGUGGAAAAAUAAAACAACAGAAUUAAACCAAGUAACUACAGUAAUUGAAGUUCCUGAUAAUUAUAGUAAUACAAGAAUGGAAACAUCAACUGCUGUCACUGAUCCCACAAAUAAUAAUCAACCAAAUUCACACAUUGAUCAAAAUGAAAGUGUUGUUGUAGUAGACUGCCAAACUCCUCAACCAGUAACUGAAGGCAGUCAUAAUCAACCAAGACUGCAACUGAAUAACCAAAAUCAACAAACAUUGUCAGAACCAGUUGAGGUUACUCAAGAAGUUCCACCACCACAGCCACAGGCAUCUAUUUUUAGAACCAUACUUGAUGAUUUCUUUAGACAUCGAGCACAAAAAAGAAAAACUGGAAGACCUGAGAACACUGAACCAUUGCAAAGGUUAAUAGAAUCAUUUAUAAAUUCAAUACCAGGUACUAACAAUAGCAAUCAAAUAAGAACAGUGAAUACUGUUGAUAGUCAAACAGCAGCCAACAAUUUACGAAUUGAAGAAAACAGACAAAGGCCUCCUACUGCAGUAAGCAGGCCACCUCAGCAAACUACCAGCACCCCUCGACCACCAUCACCAGAACCUAAAAGAAGUUUAGGAGACUGUCCUAUUUGUUUAGACUCACUUACUUCUAAUGGAAUUGCUUCCACACUAUGUGGUCAUGUUUUCUGUGUGAAUUGUAUAAAAACAGCUAUUAGACAAAAUGGAAAAAAAUGUCCUACUUGUCGAAAAGCUCUGAAAGGUCCAAAUGGAGGAUACCAUCUGUUGUAUUUAUAAAUGUGUACUUAUUUUAUGUUCUCCAAAUCUUAUUUCUAGAAAUGUCCAAAUUUGUAUGUGUAACUUUGUUAGGCUAAGACUAUAUCCUACUAGUCACAUAUUAUUAAUUAAUGAAUAGUGCCAUCAACAUUACACAUACACCUUACUAUUGUAUCACCUGAUACAAUACUUUAUCUUUUCAAUAUUGUUGCAAAAAACUUGUAAAGUUUUAGAAUUGUAAUUAUAGAAAGUGAUGAAUAUGUGAUCCACUGUAUAUGUGUAUGAAUGUAAGAAUUUUAUUUACAAUUCACCAUGUUCUAUUCCACAUAAUAUGCAUUUAUUACCAAAUGAUAGCAUAGUUACAUUAUUACAAAGAGAUUUAACUGUUAUGUAUAUGUACCUGGCUAAUGAUGUUCUAAGUAAUAUUUUUUAGGAACUUUUCACUUCUGUGUCUUGUUAAAAUUAGGCUACAGGAAGCUGUCUUUAUCAGAUCUGAUAAAAAUUUAACUUUUUUAUUGUUGAUUGGGCCCAUGUGCUUCCGAGGGUGAUGACUAUCUGCCAUAAGACUUCAUAAAUAUAUGAGUGACUUCAAAUCAACUGCAAUAGCAUGUAGGACAUGCUGCAUGUGGAACAUGCUAUUUAAUACUUAAUAUUUUUUCUUUUGUUUUUAUGAUUGUAAAAGGGGUAUUAAUUACUAUGUGAAAAAUAUUAUAAAGAAAGAGUAUUUAUAAUCAAAAGAAUGCUUGUGGUCUUCAUUCCCUCUGAUUAGCAUUACUAAAUGUACCAAUAAUUCCAGUUUUACUCAAUGAAGAUAAUAUUAAAGACAAAGGAUUUAUAUAAUAUGUAAUUAAAUAUAAAAGUACCUAACUACUGUGUAAAUUUAAAUAUAGUGCCUGUUAAAAAAAUGUAUAAGUCAAUACAUUCUGGCUUACAUAAUUACUCUUCAUAUGUAUAGGAUAAUAAUAUUGUUAUAAAACAUGUAAGUCUAUGUAGUUUAAGUUUUUAUAUAAGAUGUUCUAAAAUUAUCUGCCACUGCUAUAAUGGAAGUGUUGUGUUCGAAGAUUACAAUAGUGAAGAAAUUUCGUACCUCGGACCAGUUAAUUCAAUUUGAGAACAAAAAAAAGUUAAUAAAACAUUGACUCUACUCUGCAUGACGUGACAAUCAAUAGAUUUCAUUGAGGAAGACAAUAAACACGUAGAUUUUUGUAUGAAAAAAAUAAUUACUUGUAUUCAAUAAUUUAUGUAAAUAUAAACAAUUGAAUACAAGUAAUUAUUUUUAUAUAUUGUAAUCUUCAAACACAAUACUACCUCCCAUUAAUGCCGUGGUAGAUACUUUUAAAGCUCCUUAUAUAAUAUGUCAUUGUAUUAUAAUAAUACUUUAAUUUGAAUAAUAUUCCUAAACAGAAUAAUGCGUAAAUGUUAUUUUAUUUUCUAUGUUUUCAACAUUUAGUUUGAUUUUAGAAUAUGAUGUAAUAUUUUUUUAUAUUGAUGGAAAUCUUUAUCCAAUAUUGUUCUACAAAUUAAAAAUGUGAUAUAUA